UACAAAUUACAAUUAAUCAAUUAUCAAUUCCCGGUUAACUGGCUCCCCACGCAAUUUCACGGUUAACACUCACUAACACUUGCGUACACGCGACCAAUCAAGAUAAACCAAACACAAAACUCCAAUUAUCAUUCGAUAAUUAUGAGAUUAAACUAACAAGAAAGCUGGUUGUCAUCGUCAAUUAUUCUGGGGGAUUACAGUUUGAACUUUGAGUUUUGCAACUUUGCUCAUCUUUAAUGACGAUUUUCUCUCACCUAACCCAAUUCCGAACUUCCGCCAACUCCUUGCUGUCUGAAUUCGAGCCGCUUACUUUAAUUGUUGCUCCAAUUUUAUCUCUUUUGAUUGCUGGAUUUCUUCAAUCUGUUAUUACUACGGUACAAGAAAAUGGGCUCAAAUCCAGUCUUAUUGCAUCCUUCAUGUAUUUGAUCAAGUUGGUUCCUGGUGUUAGGAGCUACCUGGAUGCUGAAAAACAGAAGGUUGUGGAUAAGAUGCAAUCAGGUAAUAAGUCUAAAAGAGAUGGUUGGAGAACCGAGUUACCGGCUACUGGCUUGGGAAGUAGAGUGAUUGAUAUGAUGAAAGAGGAGAAGGCAAAGGAUGUGGCGUGGCAAGGAAAAUGUUCCGGUACAGUAUACAUCGGAGGAGCUGAGUCUGAAGGUCAUUUUUCCUUGAUAAAUGAAGCAUGUUCAAUGUUUGCACAUACCAACCCGUUACAUUUGGAUGUUUUCCAAAGUGUUGUUCAUUAUGAGGCAGAAGUAGUUGCAAUGACAGCUGCAUUACUUGGAAGUAAAGAAAAGGCUUCUGGAGGUCAAGUAUGUGGAAACAUGACUUCAGGAGGCACCGAGAGUAUACUAUUGGCUGUCAAAUCUUCACGCGAUUAUAUGAGAACCAAGAAGGGAAUAAAAAAACCAGAAAUGAUUGUCCCUGUAUCUGCCCACUCAGCAUAUGACAAAGCUUGCCAGUAUUUCAACAUUAAACUUUGGCGUGUUCCUGUGAACAGUGAAUUUCAGGCGGAUGUGAAAGCCAUUAGACGUUAUAUCAACAAAAACACCAUCUUGAUUGUUGGAUCUGCACCUGGGUUCCCACAUGGCAUUAUCGAUCCCAUCGAAGAGCUUGGCCAACUAGCAACCAGCUCUGGGGUCUGUUUCCAUGUUGAUCUUUGUCUUGGUGGAUUUGUUCUUCCUUUUGCACGCAAACUUGGGUAUCCAAUUCCACCAUUUGAUUUCUCUGUCCAAGGAGUUACCUCAAUAUCUGUAGAUGUACACAAAUAUGGUUUGGCCCCCAAAGGAACCAGUACAGUUCUCUACCGAAAUCAUGAAAUUAGGAAGCAUCAAUUUGUUGCUGUAACCGAGUGGUCUGGUGGUCUCUAUGUAUCUCCAACAAUUGCUGGGAGCAGACCUGGCGGUCUGAGUGCUGGUGCAUGGGCAGCAAUGAUGUCUUUGGGAGAGGAAGGUUAUUUGGAGAAUACAAGACAGAUUAUGGAAGCGACAAAGAAGAUUCAGGAAGGAAUAAAGGGUAUUCCGGAGGUAUACGUCGUUGGAAAGCCCGACAUGACUAUUGUGGCAUUUGCCUCCAACAUCGUUGAUAUAUUUGAAGUUAACGACCUUAUGUCAUCUAAAGGUUGGCAUCUAAGUCCCCUGCAGCGACCCAACAGCUUGCAUAUCUGUGUGACCCUUCAGCAUGUAUCGGUGGUUGAUGACUUCCUAAAGGAUCUGCAGGAGUCUGUGCGAACUGUAAAAGAGAAUCCAGGUCCAAUAAAUGGCGGACUUGCUCCAAUUUAUGGUGCUGCAGGAAGAAUGCCUGAUAGAGUAAUGGUACAAGAAUUGCUGGUUAAUUUCAUGGACAGCGCUUAUUGACGCCCUUAUGUCCUUGUUGCAGUUGUUCUAUAUCUCUUACCAUUCACAUUUUAUGUUGGCACAAAAAUGAACGAUACACUUAUACAAAACACGACUUUUUUUCUUCUUCUUUUGCUUUCCUUGAUUGUUUUAAUUUCUUCGUACAGUAUGAAAGGAAUGGUUGGAUGUUUACGGGGGUACAAAGAAGUAUUCAAAAACUUUUACGGACCACAACUGUAUAGAAUAAUAAUCGGUAUACGAUGCUUUUGGUGGACUUAAGAAUGUAAGGAGCUUUCGAAUGAA